CGAUCGCGCCGCGAGUCUCACCCGCGGGAAGAUUGAUCAAGACUCGUCACCAUGGCGGGGAUCCUAGCCGGUGCGUCGUAUUUCCGUCCCUCGCGCGGCGCGCGCGUCUUCUACCCAACGCGCGUAAUUGCCAUUUAUUUAUUUCCUUGCGUGUUCUCGUUCUGACUCACCUCGCUUUCGCCUCGUUCCAGCGGAUCGCGGUGCGCUGAUGAUGAAGGUUUACCACGCGUCGGGUGUCGCGUUAGCAGGCUUAGUACCGUUGGCCACGGUCAUCCCGGGAGGCGUUCUCCCCAUCGACUUGGCGCUCGGUGUCGUGAUGCCGGUGCACUCGCACAUCGCGCUCAACUUUGUCAUCUCUGAUUACGUUCCCAAGGCGCAGCGCCUUCCCGCGCGAGCGGGCUUGUUGGGGGUCACGUGCAUGACCAUCGCGGGGUUGUUAAAACUCAACACGCAGGGCGAGGGUAUCACGAGGACGGCGAAGAGACUUUGGAAAAAGCCGGAGGACCCGUUUAAUUGAAUUGAUCCUCGUAACC